AUAAAGAGCAACAAACUCGUUUCCCCCGAAGAAAAUGUGAUUGGGAGCCCGGCAGUCUCUACUCCAAAAGAAAAAAUGGUGUUCAAAAAGGAGGACAAGUUCCCCGAGUUCGAAAACCCAAGAGCAUUCGACAAGGAAGACUGUCUGUCGUGCAGGAUACUAGGCUCAACCGCGUUCGUGGCCCUAGGUGGCUACACUUACUUCUCGGGCAUGCAACAACUGCGCGCACAGCAGAAAGCCAUCGAACUCAGCAGAUCCAAGUACAAAUACGGCUCACGUCAACUGGGCAUCCUCUCAUUGUCCGCAACACUGGUGGGCCUGGGAGUCUAUCGCAUGUUUAUCUAGGCCCGACUAUCGUGACGGUCGGGGAAUGCCGUGCUAUACCAUCAUGGGGCAACCGGCGACGGAGCUGGUCUGUACGUGUACCAAAUCAAAGGAUUUCAGGAGUCAAUCUGCAUUAGGGGCAGCAUGUCACAACCCCGUCAAAGGUACUCUGUAUCUGUCUGUCUAGAAUGCUCAACCCGAGCCAAUACAUGAAUGUACUCUAAUGCAACUAAACUUCGCCAUGCUGAUGGUCAU